ACUUCCGUUCGAGAUGAAGGUAUGCGACGAUGAGUAGUCGAAGGACCCAUGUGUAACUAUGCAGAUGCCAACUUGAAAGUACACGUAUGGACUGUUACGUUUAAUUCUUUUGCUGAUUAUUUUGGGGUAUUACAUCAUUCACAGAUGAAACAGACGGAGAUGUCGUGUUUUGGUAGUGAUCCUAACUUCUGCCCAGAAUGUGGGAACAUUCUUCCUCUCCCAGGAAUACAGGGCACAGUGCGCUGCCCCCGCUGCUCCUUCUGCUUCCCUGCAACAGGGUUCUCAGGCCGGGAUAUCCAGUCUACAUUCAGCUUCAAUCCUGUGGAGCAGUUAUCACUGGCACUAGAGGAUGAGGACCCUGAAGUGAUGGGACCUGUGAUUGACAGACGCUGCUCACGUUGCAAUAAAGAGGGAAUGGUUUACCACACCAGGCAGAUGAGAUCUGCAGAUGAAGGACAGACUGUCUUCUUCACCUGUACACACUGCAGGUACCAAGAGAAGGAAGACUCCUGAGAAGAAAUCUACCACACUUCCUCCAUCUUUUUCAGUGCAUCUGAUCUCAUGUCUGUCACUGUUGGUUAGAGAUGGUUGAAUGAAUUUUAAUAUAAGUUUGAAGUUUAAGGUUUAAUACAGUUACUGAGCCCUUUGUGUCUCAUCUAUCUAAUGAAGUUCUUCACUUAAGAGCACCUCAAUGACUAUUCCUGAAUUAUUGGCAGUCACAAUUUGUGAAUAAAGUUUGACAAAAUAAUCUCAA